ACUAUAUAAAGGGUCGUCAGCAGAACUUCGGCAACAGCUCUCGGCCCACACUCUCCUCCAGCGGAGAUGACUUUCCUGCCCACACUGGUGGGAGCUCUGCUCUGCUGCCUCGCGGUCUCUUCUGAGGUCUUUCCGCAGGCCGACUUUAACCUGCAGGAGGUGGCGGGGAAGUGGUACUUGAUCGGAUUCGCCACCAACGCCCAGUGGUUUGUGAACCGCAGAGCCAGCAUGAAGAUGGGCGCCGCCAUGUUGACCCCGACCGCUGAUGGGGACCUGGACAUUUCCUACGCCAGUCUCAACUCUGACGGCUCUUGCUGGAGAAUGAACAACCUGGCUAAGAAGACCGAGGUGCCUGGGAAGUUCACGUACACCAGCUGGAAGAAGCUGAAUGAGAUGUGCAUGGUCGACGUGAAGUACGACGAGUACGCCCUGAUUCACACCAUGAGGAGCAAGGACAGCGAUCCAAUGGCCGUCAACAAACUCUACGGACGGGACGUGGACCUCACUGCCGAUCUGCUGGAGAAGUUCAGGCAGUUCUCCCUGGAGACCGGCGUCCUGCCUGAAAACAUCGCUUUCCUUCCCAAAAACGCGGAGUGCUCCGACGCCUAGUGUUCGGCCCCCUGAUCGUCGUCACAGCGCUCCCCGAUUUCCUCAAAUGGUGAUGAUCAUUUGACAUCGAGAUUCACUUCUGGAGAAAAGCUUCAAACGCGACGAAACAUGAUGCAGAGCCUGGUUUCAAUACAAUAUCUUUUUCUUUGAAUAAUGCUGUCUGACUUUUGAGAUAUUAAAAUGCUCUGCAGUGAG